UAAGAGACAAUGCGGUUCCCGAAGUUCCUUGCCUUGUUCGUCUCCGCGAUGCCCGUGCUCAGCGUCACAGCUCAAGGGCCCUCACAAGACGAAAUCAAGUCGCUUCCGGGGCUUUCUGUCAAGCCGACUUUCAAGCAGUACUCGGGAUUUCUCAACGCUGGACGGAAUCGGCGCCUCCAUUACUGGUUUGCAGCGAGUCAGACGAAGAAAGCAUCUCUGGACCCAGUCGUCAUCUGGGUGAACGCAGGACCGGGAAGUUGCAGUUCGAUGCUCACUCUGAUGAUGGAACACGGUCCAUUCCGGCCAACGGAUAACGGGCUACGCCUCGUACCUAACGACUUCAGUUGGAACAAGGAAAGUAACGACACGCUCUCGGAGUUUUCAGCUUCUACUCGCACUGCUGGCGUCGCUCCCUCCAUUUUCUCCCACGAGCCUUCAUUAGGCGGAUUGCCUCUCAACGACGAUCCCAUGCAUUACUUCUUUCCGCACACUGCUCCCACGUGGGCUACGCUGUGGUGCACACGUUCUGUCGCCAAUGUCCUGUUCUUGGACGCACCGGUCGGAUCCGGCUACUCGUACGAUGUCACCGGAAGCUACACAACCGACGACGAACAGGCCGCAGAUGACACGUACCUCGCCAUCAUGGACUUUUACCACAAGUUCUCUCUUUACGGCAGCAACGAUGUGUUCAUCGCGGGUCAGGGUCAAGCGGCCACGCACGUCACUCUCGUCGUCGAACGACUACUCGAAGAGCCUACGGUCAAGCUGAUGGGAUAUGCCAUCAACAACGGAAGUGUUGGACGAGCGUUUCAGGAGGAAUGGUCUAAUGUUCUUUGGCUACUAUCACGGGCUCUUUGGACGGAGACUGUGGAAGAAGCUGACUACUAACUGCUGCAACGGAGUCGUUACGCGAAGCUCGUGUAACUUUGUGGAUUCCACGACAACCACAUGUCAGGAAGCGGUAAAAGAAGCUGGAAACAUAUUGGGAACACAAGGGCUGAACACGUUCAACAUCUACGCGAAGUGCGAAACACCGAAGAACGACUCUAUUUGCGUAUUCGAGAGUGGUGGAUGCAGCCCUAUGUCCCGGAGGACUCGAAAAUCGUUCGCUCGCCAUUCGG